UCCGUCGUCGAGGGUUUGUCCAUCCUUGCUUAUCACAAAACACCUUUAAUAUGCAGCUGUCGCAUUCCUCACUCCACUGUCUGCUGCAGGCUGUGUUCUGCUACUUUACCCUCCGAUUCCAGUGAAUUAGCUGCCUUUCUAGUACUAUUCCACACUCAAUCAUGAUCUACUAGACAUUAUUCUUCCUACCUUAUGUUAGAGCACCCACAACAUCAGUCGUGAGCGACCUUUUCGCAACUAUGGCAUAUACCGUCGCUUCGACGGCAUCAAUGAGCACAUAUGGAUGGGAUUCCACUCCAACCCUCUCACCACAUUACUACAGUCUAUCUCAGCAGCCAUCACCUCAACCAUCACCGCAACCACAGCAUCACCACCAACAGCCACAUCUACAGCUACAGCUCCAACAAGACCAAACCGACCAAGAAACUAUCAGCACAUUCUGGCGAUUCCUAGCCUCAAGUUCCUCCUACCUCGUGCUAGCAGGCUUCCUAGUCCUCCCCCUAGCAUUCACCACCACCACCUCCUCCUCCACCUCCUCCAACAAUGAACCCAACAAUGAAAACACAACACCAUCCGCCGACCCAACAACCACCAUCAUCGCCGCAUCAGUCCUAAUCGCAAUCGGCUACACAAUAACCCUCAUGCUAAUCUACUUCCAAAGACACGAGCGCCAAUACCUCCUCCACUCUAUAUACAUGUAUACAUCCCCUCCACAUCCCCACACCCCAAAACAUCAUCAUCAUCAUCAUGAGAUUAACAAAACCCAAAGACCAAACACAACAACCUCCCUCCUCUCCCUCCUCAACAUCCUCCUCAACAUCCUCUGCCGCCAUCCAACCCAAUCGCCCGGCCCAUUAUCCCCGCUCCAAACGACCAGCCUCGUGCUGCCGAGUGUUUUCGCAUUUCUGUAUGCCCUGGGCGCGUUAUCCAUUUACGCAGGUGACAUGUGCAUCUUCACCACCACCAGUGAUAGAGGCCGCCAACGGCAUAAUAAGAAAAAAGGCAAGAAUAAUCAACUACUACCACUAACGGAGGAGGAAAUGCAACGGCAGCAGCUGCAGCGAUUACUGGAUCAGAACUCGAGUCCUAGACGAGGACCCAGUCCGAGGGUCGUGCAGAAGACGUUUCGCGUUAGUGCGCCGGAGAGGAUUAAUCCUGGGAAGGGGUGGGAUACGUUUACGCCGGAUUUGAGGGUUGAUGGGAGUGGGAAUGGGAAUGGGAAUGGGAAUGGAGGUGAGCAUGGGGGUGGGGGUGGGAGGUUGAUGGGAUGGGAUAAGAUGAGUCGGUUGAGUCUUGGUGUCGAGGUGGUCUACUGA